AUGAAGCAAAUGUCCAUCACGGGAGGAAGUAGCCAAGCCGGGGUGAACUUCGGAAGCGGCAGAUACGUCAACUUGAACAACAGCAUUGAAGAAUCUGCGACCCAGGAGGAUCACAGGCAUGCUUAUGACUACGGGGGACACAAGGAGCCGGAAGAUUAUUUUCAGGCCGAAGAGUUUGCAAAAGCGGAUGAUGGUCGUCAUCAGAGUGAUCAAAAUAAUUGGCCGUGGUAG